AUGGCGGCGUCCACCAUGUCCGUCUGCUCCAGCACUUGCUCCGACUCCUGGCCAGUGGACGACUGCCCAGAGAGCUGCUGUGAGCCCCCCUGCUGCACCCCCAGCUGCUGCGCUCCGGCCCCCUGCCUGACCCUGGUGUGCACCCCAGUGAGCUGUGUGUCCAGCCCCUGCUGCCAGGCGGCCUGUGAGCCCAGCCCCUGCCAAUCAGGCUGUACCAGCUCCUGCACGCCCUCGUGCUGCCAGCAGUCUAGCUGCCAGCCAGCUUGCUGCACCUCCUCCCCCUGCCAGCAGGCCUGCUGUGUGCCUGUCUGCUGCAAGCCCGCCUGCUGUGUGCCCAUCUGCUGCAAGCCUGUGUGCUGUGUGCCCACCUGCUCUGAGGAUUCCUCUUUAUCCUGCCAGCAGUCUAGCUGCCAGCCGGCUUGCUGCACCUCCUCCCAAAGCCAGCAGGCCUGCUAUGUGCCCGUCUGUUGCAAGCCUGUCUGCUGCAAACCCGUCUGCUGUGUGCCCGUCUGCUCUGGGGCUUCCACUUCAUGCUGCCAGCAGUCUAGCUGCCAGCUGGCUUGCCGCACCACCUCCUGCUGCAGACCCUUCUCCUCCGUGUCCCUCCUCUGCCACCCCGUGUGCAGGCCUGCAUGCUGUGUGCCCAUCUCCUCCUGCUGUGCCCCUGCCUCCUCCAGCCAGGUCAGCUGCUGCCGCCCAGCCUCCUGCGUGUCCCUCCUCUGCCGCCCCGCGUGCUCCCGCCCAGCCUGCUGA